AUGGAACUUAUCACUGAUCCAAUCGUCCUUAUACUUGAUGAGCCUACUUCAGGUCUUGAUAGUUUUACAGCAGAAGUCGUUAUUGACUUAUUGAUAGAGCAAGCAAAGAAAGGUAGAACUGUAAUGUCAACCAUUCACCAACCAAGUACAAGCAUGUUUGAGAAAUUUGACAAAUUAGUAUUAUUAGCAGAAGGCCAUCUUGUAUAUCAAGGCCCUGCAUCAGAUUCAACUAAAUACUUUGCAAAAAUUGGAUACGAGUGUCCAAAGCUUAUGAACCCAGCUGACUAUUAUAUGAGACUUCUUCAUGUUGUAGAUAGGAAGUAUCCUACUGAAGAAGAACAUGAAAAAAUAGAAAAAAUGGUAACAGCUUAUAAUUCAAUAGAGCAGGAUGAAGGAGACUAUGAUAAUACCAAACUUGAGGCUUUGCAAACUAAGCAUUCAGCCUCGCCAACAAACUUUGCCACGCAGUUUGUGCUACUGUUUAGAAGAGUUUGGAUAAAUGCAAGAAGAGACCCUCUUGCUGGCCAGCUUUUAUUUAUCGAGCGCAUUAUGAUGGGUGUUUUAAUCGAUUUGCUCUGUAGCAAUUUAGCAAAAAAUUAUAACUCUUCAACAACUAGAACUCAAACUCUUUUUCUCUGUGCAGCGGCUGUAGGUUUUUACUCAUGCCAAAAUGCAGCAAUGCAGUUCCCAAGCGAGACUCCUAUAUUCUUAAAAGAAAGCAAGCAAACGGUUUAUUCUACAACUUCUUAUUACCUUUCCAGGUCCCUUGCAGACCUGCCUAUGCAAUUUCUACCACUUUUCUGUUUUGUCUUAUUGUAUAUUGGGCAAUCCCUUUUAAUGAUUAUGAUGCAAGUAAAUUCUGGAUAUUUAACUUUCUGCUCACUUUACUGCAAAUAA